GGGAAAUUUGUCCAGAGUGAACAACCUUUUUACUUCCUGCAUCAAAACAGGAUGGGCGUGUUUGACAACUGCUUCGUCCUUCUGGAGCUGAAAAAUGUUCCGCUUAAGGAGAAGAAGAAGCUGAAGUCAGCCGUGACGAUGAACGGAGGCAGCUUUUCUUUCAUCGUCAAUAAACAGUGCUCUCUGGUGGUGACCACGGAUGUGUCCAACCUGAGCUCCAACAGGCUGCGCAGCAUCCAGAAGCACCAGACGCCGGUGGUCGGCUUGAAUUACCUGCACGACUGCGUGGAGAGAGGAGCUCUUCUGCCCGUGGAUGGAUACCAGAUGGACACUGCAUCUGCUGCUUCAUCUCCAGCUCCUCCACCUGUGCAGUUAGCGAGCAGAGCUCCGCUAGCUGCUGAAGCAGCACAACAAACCAAGGAAAGAAAGGAUGAGAAGCUCAGAAUUUUCCAUGAAUCGGACUCUGAUGUCCCGGCGUUCCCUGAUGAUUUCCAGGUGGCGCUGUACUCGUUUUUCGGACAGGAUAACGGGAGCAGGUGGUGCGUGUUGGAGCUGCAGAGCGCCGCGGCCGAGGAGGGGCGGCGCUACCGUGUGGCCAGAUACUGGCAGGACGAUGUGGCGGCAAAAAAGGCGGCUGUGAUGGACCGGCUGGUGUUUCCCUCCAUCUCAGAUAAAGCCGUGGACGUUUACCAACAGCUGAGUGAAGAACUACAGCACUCCGACCUGCAGUUGAAGGGCGACUUCCCUGCUGAGGUGCAGCCGCUUGGCUCCGCCCCCCUGCAGCAGCUGCUGCUGGAGAACAAGCUGAACUCGAGCACCUUGUCCCCUGAGGUGGCGCUGUUCGUAGAGAUGCUGUGGACCGAAGCUCUUGGUUGCCUUGGAAACAUCCUCAGAGUUCCCAUCUCUCAGCUCAGCCUGAACGAUGUGAGCAGAGCCGAGGGCCUGCUGCUUCAGGCUCAGAGGAAACUGAAGGAGGGAAAUCCGUCCGAGGCGUCGUCUCUCCUGGAGGAGGUUUACACCCUGCUCCCUCACAAAGAUCCCAGACCACCGUUUCCCACGGCAAAGCUUCUGUCUCAGAAGCUAGACCUCUGUCAGUUAAUCCGAGAUUUUCUAAACGUGACGGAGAUGACGUGCUCCACGCCAUCCUCCGUGGGGAAGUACCGCUCCCUUCGCUGCAGCAUCGAGGCUGUUCCCCCCAGCAGCGCUGAGUUCCAGAACAUCUCCGCCCUGCUGGCCGACAGGCCUGCUGAGAUCCAGCAGAUCCUCCGUGUCAGCAGAGGGGUGGAGCUUCAGACGUUCAGGAGUGAGCUCAGGAACAUCAAGCCCCUCCUCCAUUCAUCCAGCCCCAGGAACUUUGUAGGCAUCUUGUCCAGAGGUUUGCUGCUUCCUCAUGUGGGAGUGGAGCUCCAUGGCAUCGAGAGGACGGAUGUGGGGAACCUGGGCAGCGGGAUUUACUUCAGUGAUGCUCUGAGCACCAGUCUGAAGUACUCCUCCGCCAGUGAAACCGACGGCUCCCGCCUGCUGCUGGUCUGUGAUGUGGCUCUGGGAUGGUUUAAGAACGUCUAUAAGAAAGACCCGACUCUGACCAGGCCUCCGGAGGGCUUUCACAGCGUCCAUGGAGUUCGCCGCACUAAAGGAACUCCGUCUGACUUCGAGGACGACGAGUUCGUGGUUUACUCCCCUGAUCAGGUGAAGAUUAAAUAUGUGGUUCAGUUCAGAGUGAAAGGCGACCAACAGAAGCCCUUCAGUCCGGACAUCAACCUGACGGCGGACGCGGGCGUUCCCAGACAAAUGUUCCCUUCAUCAAACUAUGAAGAUCUUGAAAAGAUUAAAAACCCUCUGGAGGACGUAACGGCCGGACUGUUGAACAGCUCAGGAGAGCAGCUCCCCCUGCAGGCCGUCCAUGUGAAGUGCAAACUGAUAGACCUGCUCUCCCAGGUCGUCAUCUUCCAGAAGUACACCAAUCACAGCUCCGCCCCCAUUGAGGCGAAGUACGUUUUCCCGUUGGACGACUCGGCUGCUGUUUGCGGGUUUGAAGCUUUUAUCAAUGGGAAACACGUGGUGGGACAGGUGAAGGAGAAGCAGACGGCUCGUAGGGAGUACAAGCAGGCCAUAGCCAAAGGCCACGGAGCGUACCUCAUGGACCAGGAAGCUCCUGACGUGUUCACCAUCAGCGUGGGCAACCUGCCGCCUGGAGCCACCGUCCUCAUCAAAGUCACCUUUCUGUCUGAGCUGGUGGUCCGAGACGGGAGCAUUCUGUUCUCCCUGCCGGGGAGUGUGGCUCCCUGGCAGGAGAGCUCCGCCCUCAACCAGACAACACAGAUGGACAACGUGUUGUUCUUUCUGGUCGUCAGAGAGUUCACCUUGGACAUGUCGGUGGAGAUGCCCAACGAGAUCUCUAGUCUGACCUGCAUCACCCACCAAGUCAAAAUCAAGAGGACUCAGUGUCAGGCUGUGGUCAGUGUGAUGCCAGGUCAGCUCAUGGGUCCGGAUGGUUUCCAGCUCUCGGUUUCUCUCUCUGAGGUUCAUCUUCCCAGAAUGUGGGUGGAGAAACAUCCUGACAAAGACAGCCAGGCCUGCAUGUUGGUUUUCUACCCAGACUUUCAGGUUGACUCCAGUUCUGGAGUCAGUGAAGUAGUCAUUUUGCUGGAUUCAUCGGAGUCCAUGAGGGACAAGUCUUUCCAUUUGGCCCAGGAAAUCGCCCUGCAGGUGUUAAAGAAUCUGAAGGACAACAUCAGAAUCAACAUUUUUUUGUUUGGAACAGUUUACCAACGAGCUUUCCAAAAGGCUGAGCAACUUCCUGAAGCUGAGGAUAAAGCCAAGAUGUUCAUCAAGAGCUCUCGUCCACUAGGGGGCGGCACCGAGCUGUGGCGGCCUCUCCAGGCCCUCAGCCUGUUGCCGCCGUCCUCUGGCGUGCGAAACCUGCUGCUGCUGUCGGACGGCCACAUUCAGAACGCUGCAGUCACCUUGCAGCUGCUCAGAGACAACGUCAAGCACAGCCGCCUCUUCACCUGCGGCCUGAGCUCCACAGCCAAUCGCCACAUGUUGCGAGCCCUGGCUCAAGCAGGGGGCGGGGCUUACGAAUUUUUCGACGCUAAAACUAAGCACACCUGGGCUGAGAAGGUGAAGCACCAGGUGAAGCGCAUGUUGUCUCCCGGCUGCAGCUCCGUCUCUGUGAAGUGGCAGCAGUUCAACUCAAGAGCUCCUCCUCCUCUUCAAGCCCCGAAGCAGCUGCACGCUCUGUUCAACGACUGCCACACGCUGGUUUACGGCUUCGUGCCCCACUGUACUCAGGCGACUCUACUUGGAGAUAUACGUGGUCAGGAGCUUAGAACCAUGGUCUCAACAACAGAGCUGCAGAAGACCAGAGGAACCUUUCUUCAUAAGCUCACUGCCAGAGCGCUGAUCAGAGACUAUGAGGACGGAAGCCUGGACGCCACCGAGGCUGAACAUGAGGGUAAAAAAUCAGAGCUGAAGUCCUUCAUCAUCGAUCUAAGCAAAGAGUUCUCCAUUCUGUCUCAGUUCACCAGCUUUGUCGCCAUUGAAGAGCGGGAUUCUGAGAAAGCAGAGGAUGGCGUCACGGACGUCCCCAAGCUGAUCGCAGACGAGGAUGUAGACUUCUUGCCCUACAUCAGCUGGACUCUUCCUCAGGAGAAACAAACAGCGGAGAUAGAUUCUAUUGAGGAGGAUGAAGUGGAGCUGGAGGGGGCGGAGCUAUCUGAUGAUGAAUCUGAUGAUGACACCGGUCGGUACAGGGCCCGCUUCACAGCAACCUUGGUGGAGUCCAACCAUCACCGGAAACGAGUCCGACUUACUGCCAGCAAUGCGGACCAGGCUCUGACACCUGUACUCCAUACUCCCGGGAGUACCCCCCACACGACCCGCUGA